CGUCAGCUGUUUCCGGAAGCAAAAUUUUCACACUUUCGAUUUAAUUUUUUUCCAUCUUAAAUUUUAAAUAGAACCAACAAUAGUAGAUCUAGAACCUAUGUGAAUCGGUCAUAUAGUGACAAUAUAGUCUACUAAAAAAGCGAAUAUCUAACUUCAAUCUCUAAUGCAAUUGACAGUUUCAAAUAUUCACCAUGACCAAAAGAAGUAAGAAGAAAAAUGUGCCUGUAAAUGCAGCUGUGGCUGAAGAAGCAAAAAGCCAAUUAGUUGAAUUAGAUGAAGAAAAUUCAUCCAUUGUAGAAAAUGAAGAAAGUUCAUUUAUUAAUGAUGACAUUGAAGGUCCAACAGAUGUUGGUGGAUUUACAAUUCUUGGUGAUUUCAAGGCUAAAGAGAAGAAAAUUGUUGAGAGGGUUCUACCAAACUGGCUUCAACACCCAGUUCUUAUUAGUUCUGAAGAAGUAAAAAAUUUUGCAAGCAUUACAGAUUUAGACAGAAAUUUAGUCGAAAGUUUAAAGGCCAAUGGCAUAGAAUCAUGUUUCCCAGUUCAGUGGACAGUUAUACCUGAACUCCUGGCUCAGUGUGCAUGUGGAUUAUAUGCUGGAGAUGGUGGAUUUCGUCCUCGUGAUGUUUGUGUGUCUGCACCAACUGGAAGUGGAAAAACUCUAACCUUUGUUCUUCCUAUUAUUCAGGCCCUUAAAAACAGGGUCAUUCCUCAUGUACGGGCCCUGGUUAUUCUACCUGUGCGAGAUUUGGCUAUUCAAGUGUACAAAGUGUUUAAACAAUAUAUUCAGGGUACAUCUCUAAGGGUUGUACUUGUGGCUGGAAAGAAAGACUUUUUCUCAGAGCAAGGAAAAUUAGUUCGGGAAAGACCACAUGCACAACCAUCGGAGAAAUGGGCAAGUAUGGCUGACAUUGUUGUGGCUACAAAAGGGAGGCUACUAGAUCAUUUGGAUAGAACAGAAGGCUUUGAUCUUACACAUCUGAGAUUUUUGGUUAUAGACGAGGCUGAUAGACAAAUGGAUGAUGUACAUGAUGAUUGGUUGAGUCAGGUGGAAAAGGCUGCCUAUACACCAAAAUUGGGAGCAUUUGCUCCUUACCACAGAGAAAAACCUGGUCCUCUCACCAUUGCCAGCUGCAAGACAAUUGUUAUGCAUGUCCAGAAGCUUUUGUUUUCUGCAACAUUAUCUCAAAACCCAGAAAAGUUAGAAAAAAUGAACCUUUUUCUCCCCUUGCUGUUUGCCAGUGUGGCUCCUUCCAUUAAAAAUCCAGCCACACCAAAAGCAAACACAAAUAUGGAUGGAGAAAUGAAACAUGAUAUGAUGGACACAAGUGAUUCCAAUAUUAAAGCUCUAUCAGUUGACAAAUUUUCAACACCGGCAUUACUCAAGGAAAAAUAUAUGGACUGCAAGGCUGCAGAGAAACCCUUGAUCUUGUUUCAUUUUCUUUUAAAUAAAAAGUUCCAGCAAGUUUUAUGCUUUACCAACUCGGUUGAAUCAACACAUAGGCUGUAUUUAUUGGCAAAACAAAUGGACGGGUUGAAGGUAGCUGAGCUCUCCUCUAAUAUUCACACUGCAAAACGUGAGAGAAUUAUAAGGAAAUUUGUGAGGGGAGAACUCCAACUGUUGAUCUGCUCUGAUGUAAUGACUAGAGGUAUGGACAUAGAAAACGUACAGUAUGUCAUAUCUUAUGAUGCCCCUUCCUACAUUGAGACAUACAUUCACAGAGUGGGUCGCACUGCCAGGGCCAACAAAUCUGGUAUUUCAAUCACAUUACUGGAGGGCAAAGAGAUGUUUCACUUUAAGAAAAUGCUUAGAGAAUCAGGGAGAUGGGACAAGUUAAAGAGAAUCUCUGUCAAUCGUCAGCACCUAGAACCUCUAGUACCACAGUUUAGUAAAGCACUAAAGACCCUCCCAGCUAUCUUAAAGGAACAAAGAAGACAACAAAGAAGUUUGUGACAAGCCCUUAGCAGAUAAUACUUUAAUUUAAAGCUUGCUGUUGAUGUCAUUUUUUUUGUACAUAAUAAAAAAUUGUUACAAAUAAAUUUAAGA